AAGAUCAACAUGGUUUCCACAAAAUUCCACCCCCGUGUAAAGACGCCGAAUAACUACUGGAAGACUUCUCCUUUACUUCUCUCUUCGUUUACCUUUACAGCGACAAAAACAACAACAUUCUAUUUUUUUUAUACGAUGGACAACCUACAAAUAAGGAGCAGCCCUCUCGUCAGCGAUGUACAACUAGUACGUAGCAGUACCACGCUCGCAGAAAAGUAAGAAUGACACAGAUUCCAUUUCACAUUGUGCUCCGCCGUAUUUUGUAAGACACGCACGACACCAGCACCACACGCACCAAUAUACAACAAGCCAUGUGGGGCAACGGUGGUGGGCAGUUCAAUGCCGCCGGCAUGCCCAUGACGCUCGACCAAUAUGAGCAGGAUUUAAAGCAACGACUCCAAGUCGAGGAGCUCGAGGACGCGGAAACGCUCUGCGCCCGGUUCGCCUCUGCCCAGGCGCACGCCCGGGACGCGGUGAAAGAGCUGCGAGAUUUGUGCGGGAAGCACGUGUUGGAAGAUGAGGCAGAGGCUUUUGCCGACAAGUACGAGGAACUCCAGUUCCAGCUGAGUCGGCUCCGGCAAGCAAACUCCUUCAUGCGAAAACAAAUCGACGACAUCAAAACAGAACUAACCACAAAGGACCCGGUGCACGAAUUGAGGAGAAGGGUACAGUUUUAUUUCGGAUUUGUGAAUAAAUUUGAGUUUUUCUUUUUGAGGAACUGAUCACUUGAUGCAGCGAAAGGGAGCGAAUUUUGUAGUCUAUGUAGAAUUUGGUCAACAUCUAUCAACACUGUAUGCACUCUCGCAACUUCUUCUGCAAAGUCGUCAAAAUCGAACAUAAAAACAGCACGAGAACGACUUGUAUGAGGAGGGUCUGUUUAUGCAGCAAAUCCUUCACGCCGGGGUGCCCGACCCGGAAACGCCGGUGGAUUUGAUUCCGGAAGACGAGUGGCCGCAGCGGCAGGAGUUGCUGGACCGAGGACUGGAUCCGAACUCCACCCUGUACCGGCUCCACCACAUGGCCUAUGAGCACGACCAGCGAACGAUACUCGAGGCGCAGUUGAAAGGAAAGAAGGUACAUUUUUUUAUAGUGCAUUUAUCUCGACAAAAGUUUCUAUCUCUGUGAAGAGUGCGCUACAGAAUCUUGACCUGGUAACAAAAUAUGUUCUUAGACGACAAACGACGCAAUGACGAAUUCGAUACACUAUCACGUACCACGUACCAAUGACGAAUUCGUAAUGACGUACCACCACAGGAUGUCCGCAACAAAGCGGCGGAGGAGCUUUCCAAAUGGAAGGAGCAGGGCGAAGCGAAAACGCUGGAGGUAGAGAAGGCCCAGGCCUCCAUUAGGAAGAUCCUGGAGCAGCGUAAGACAGCGGACCAGGGCGGUCCCGCCGCUAGUCCCGGACUGCAGCCCUCGAAUGAACCGGGCAGCCGAAAGAGCAGCGCCGUCGUGCUGCAGGGUAUGGAGCACAACACAGGUGACGUGGAGAUGCUGGAUGCGGGUACUAUUCUCGAGCAGCAGCAGCACCUCCCCGGUGACCACGAACUGCCACCGCACCAGACCAUCCUGCCGGCCCCGCUGGAAGCGAUUCGUAGUCGGUUCGCCAUCCUACCAGAACAGGGAUACGACCCGGAUAUCGACUGCUCGGUGCUGCAGAGCGUGGAGGAGGCGGUGAUCGCGCCACGGGACUCCGCCGAGCCGACCAAAAAGGAGCGCCGCGACGUCGUCCUGAUUCGCGACAACGUGCAGGUGUGCGUGUCUAUCCGGGGCCCGGAGCGCAAAGAAGUCUCGCUCCGCUUUCGUUUGCAGCAUGAGGAGGGGGCAAAUAGUCAUCACCAGGAGCAGGCCACCGUGGGAUUGUGCGCGUACGCCUAUCAGAGGGACAACGUCGGCAAGCCUACGCCGCUGGGUGGUAGAAGUAGGCCACAGCAACACGCAGGCAUUGAGGCGGAAAUCGAGUUUUCUUCUGUAGGAGAGGAGAAUUUCAAAAAGUACGACUGGCUCGGCAAACUUUUGAGGAACGAAAUAACCGCCCUUGCCGUAGUUCAAAAUGUUAGAGAACAAGUGGCCAGCUUGGAACUGUGAAAAACUCUGUUGACUUGUCAUACUCACAACUAAUUGGCGACACGAAAAAAAAAACAAAUGAAAAAUAAGGAAUCAAAUACUUACAAAUCACCACUACUUUCGCUGCUUUGUUCGAUGGAGCUGGCUUGUACGCAUAUUGACAAAUUUUCUUUUGAUAGAUUGUGCUUUUCUUUUGUU